UUUCUCCUUCUUAAGUCUUAUCUUUUUCUUUCCGUCCUCCCUCUUUUUAUUCUGAGUUCCUUCGUCUCUUUUAUACCUCUGCAUUCUCUUCCUCUCAAACAAUCAUCAAUCAUGGAUCCGUGCCCGUUCGUGCGGAUUCUUGUAGGCAACUUAGCUUUGAGAUUCAGUGGUUCUUCUAAGUCGUCAUGGGACUGUUACUGUAAAAUCAAGUUGAAAGACUUUCCUGACCAGGGAGCUCAAAUCCCUCUGGUCAAGGGGCAAAACCUGGCUGAAGAACCCUAUCUUUCUCCUCUGUCGAACUCUAUUGCCGCUUGUUUUAGUUUCAGCAAGUCUCAGAUCGAAAAUAUCCUUCAGAAUAAUAAAGGCUGCUCGUCGAAAAGCUCCACUUUGAAGAUCGAUGUUUAUUCCGGUGGGAACAGUACGUCGUGUGUGGCGGUGGACAAAUUGUUAGGGCGGGUUUUCGUGCCUCUGGAUCUACGUGGAGCCGAGUCUAAGCCUUCCAUCGUCCACAACGGCUGGGUGGCUAUCGGAGGGAACAAGAAAGCGUCGUCCCCGGAAUUGUAUCUUACUGUUAAAACUGAACCCGACCCGAGAUUUGUUUUUCAGUUCGACGGCGAGCCGGAGUGCAGUCCACAGGUUUUUCAGGUUCAAGGAAGCGUUAAACAGGCUGUCUUCACUUGCAAGUUCGGGUUCAGAAACUCCGGCGGCGACAGACCCAGAUUAUCCAUGAAAGAAGGCGAGAAGGAUCAAUCUUCCAAAGAGAGAAAGGGUUGGUCGAUUACAAUCCACGACCUUUCAGGUUCCCCAGUUGCAAUGGCGUCAAUGGUGACACCGUUCGUCCCGUCUCCCGGGUCGGACCGGGUCAGCCGUUCCAACCCGGGCGCCUGGCUCAUCCUCCGCCCUGGAAACUGCACAUGGAAGCCCUGGGGCCGUCUCGAGGCCUGGCGGGAAACAGGAUUCUCCGACGCUGUCGGAUACAAGUUUGAUCUUUUUCAAGACGCCCCCACCACCACCACCUCUGUCACCUCAACCCUCGCCAACUCCCUUCUCAGUAGCACAAAAGGCGGCAAGUUUAUAAUCGACACGACUACCAACCUAUGCGCAACCCCAGAUACAAGCCCAAAUAGCAGUGUCGAUUUCGGAUCAGGGUCACGUUGCGGAUCCGGUUCAGGAUCCGAUUUCUCGUUCUAUUUGUUUCCUAUGUACAGAGGUUUCGUGAUGUCUUCGACGGUGGGCAAGGUUAGUAAACCGGAACUGGAGGUGGGGGUGCAGCACGUGACAUGCACGGAGGACGCUGCCGCAUUCGUGGCACUGGCGGCGGCGGUGGAUCUGAGCAUGGAUGCAUGUAGGCCGUUUUCUCAGAAACUAAGGAAGGAGUUGAGACGGCAAAGUCAUCAGAGUGUCGUUUAGUGCGGAAAUGGUUUGUCGUUUUGUGUAGGGAAGUUAGUGCGUAGUUAGUUGGGCGUUGGAUUAUUUUCGUAGACAAGGAGUAUUGUUUUUAACCAACAGGGACUGAUAGCAGUUUUUGAGCUGGAUGUUUUUGCGAUUGGAUUAUUAAUUUUGUACAGAGAGGAAUUAUAAAACAGGCUAGCAUUAUUUUUUUAUAAAAAAAUGGUUAUUUUUUCAUAA